AAAUUGUUUAUGUUGUUUAUUUUUUACUUUUUUAUCCAGAUAAAAAAGAAAGAUGAAUCCACAUCUGCCACCAAGCAACACCUCAAAUGAAUCCCCCACUUAUGGCGGUGGCGGCUGUUUGGAGGCAUCUAGCAAAACAAAAAAGCGUUCUCAAAGCUUAAUACAAAAAUCUCCAGUGUAUUUGCCCGGAAGUCUAGGUAAUCGAGAUGUAAUGCGCAGGCUGACCGGACUCCUGCGACCCGUAAUGACUGCGGCUAACUGCAGCGAACCUAGUCCAUUGGAUCCCACGCGUAUACGUCGUCAGCAAGUUCGUUCCUAUGUACGCAUGCGUCCACUAUCCACGUCCACAUCCGGACCGACAACUGAGAGCCUGUCAGACCUGGAGAAGAGUCGCAAAUGGAUAAAGGUCAACGGUUCAAGUGUGGUGCAAGUGACACCACCGUCGGCCGCCAUUACCAGUUUGAGUGGACAGCCCCGUCUGCCAUCGCGAGACAUUGAAUUCCAGUUCCGACAUGUGCUCACCGAAGAUAUGACCCAGUCGGAGGUAUUUCGAAUGGUGAGCGGACCUGCCAUAGAUCAACUUUUGCACGGCGGCUGCGGACUAAUCCUGUGCACGGGUGCAGCCGCCUCGGGCAAAACCUACACGAUGAUCGGCAACGACAAGGACGAAUCCGAAUGGGGCCUGCUUAAACGCACCUUUGAGGCUAUCUUCAAUUGUGUGGACAAGGAUUUAGCUGAGUGCAAUCUAAUUCAACCCGGCGCCGCCAACACCUUCAUAAUGAUGGCUCAGAUUGGCGUCUUUGGCAAGGUCAGCGCAGAGCCAUCCUCGGAAUCCCCGAUGCCAAGGAAAUUGGAGUCGGGAUUUUGUAAAUUUCAUUCGCUUGGCAUUUGGCAAAUGCGCAGUGGUAAGCACAUAGUCUCACAAAAACGUCGUUAUGCCUGUUUCAUCAGCAUGCUGGAGGUCUUUGGAACGAUGGUGCACGAUCUGCUCGAUGACAAUAUUGGAGAGCGUUCCCCGCCGCUCUUCAUACUUGAGGAUGAGAUGGGCCGUGCCUAUGCCAGCGAAGCCAACAGACUCGAGAUUCGUAAUGCUUCGCAGGCCAUGCAGAUUCUGCACACAGGACUGAAGCGACGCGAAUCCCUUGGUGGCAAAAGUCACUUAAUUGUCAAUAUCCAUUUAGCUCAUGUCAAUUACAAUCGGCAAUUGUCCUCCUAUGAGCUAGUAGGGGGCCAAGAUAAAAUCCAAUGGGGUCAAUUGACUUUGGUAGAUAUGCUGUCGCCACGCAGCGGCGAUAUUGAUGCCCGCGAAUAUGACAAUGUCACACAAAUGAUUCUAUCGUUGGGCUCCUGUCUGGCCACGCUACGAACCAAUCAACAGGCCAUUCUUAAGGGGAAAGCCUUGAAGCGUUCGCCCAGUUGCCGGGAUGCUCGACUCUCUCAAUUGCUCAAGCACUACUUUGACGUAGCCCAACCGGCCACGGUGGUCUGCAUAUCAAGUAUAACACAGCAAGUUGAGGAUAUACAUGAGAAUAUGCGUGCCCUGAAAUUGGCGGAUAAUAUACGUGAGAUUAUACGUCCGAGGGUAGCUGAAUCCACCUUGCCACCGGCCGCAACCGAAGACACCCAAUUGCCAACGUCUCCGCCGAUCACCGCUCCGUCUAAAGGAAAAGUCUCAUUUCCAACGACGAUAGCUGCAAACAGACCAGAGAAACCGCUGCCAUUUAUGUCCCAUGCAGGUCCGGGGCGUUUCAUAACCAAAUCAUUUAUGCUCGACUAUGAUGCUAUUGUCGGCACUCCGCCUUUGCAAAUGCCCAGCUUUGACCAGCUCUCCGAUUUGUGUGAUCUCCUGGGCUCACUCAUGCGACGUCGCUCCGAUCUCAUAUGCCAUACAGAGUCCAAGUGGUCGGAGAUGGAGAUGUCGCGCAUCUUGACCCUCGCCUCAAGCAAUGCUUUUCGCGAUCAAUUGCGUGAGAUUGCUAUGGCCCAGAAAUCAGCCAUUGAGAUUCUAAAGGAAUGCAUUCAAGAAACAGAUUAUUGCAUUACGGAGUUCAAGCGCAUCUUUGAGACAUCACGCUAUCAAGAGUUCUGCACGGCUCUACUUAUGCCCGUUGAGAAGCGCAGCCAAUUGGUGGAGAAUCUCCUGAUGGCCCACAAUGAGCAAAUGGAACACUAUGCCGCCAUGAUGACAUCGAAAACGAAAAAUUCAAAGGACUUUAACAACAAAAUGAACUGCAACCAUCGGCCGCAGGCGGGUAGCUCCGCUCUAGCACGUCCCAAAUGGCGGCAGCGUGCCAUCUCCGCUGGCGAUCCCAAGGGACGAACCCCCGAUGAGGCGGCUAAGGCUAAGCUCCUGGAACAGCGCAGCAUUCGCAGCUCGGCCACUCUGAUGCGCAUGGGCGUUUGGCGGUACUAAGAGUUUUUUUAAACUUUUAGGAAUAAAGAUCACAUCAGUUGACAUUUAUAUAUAUAUAUGUAAUAUGCAUUUUACUUAAAUUAAAGUAAUUUCAAGUUUCAGUCCAUUUA